GAUGCAGGAACCUUGGAAUGCCCAAGGGAAUGUAGAGACCCUCCCAUGCCCCCAGGGAGAUGCAGCGACCCUCCAAUGCCCUCACUUCCAGGGGGAUACAGAGACCCUGGAAUGCCCUGCAGGGAUGUAGAGACCCCGGGACGCGGUGCAGGAACUCCACUGCCCAACCUAUCCGGCUCCCAGGGCGGGGCAUGGGCACCAGGCCAGCUCGCUAGAGCCAGAGGCUCAGGACGCCCGGCCUGGAGUCUCCGCCUGCUGCACGCCCCCGCGGGCCGGCUAGGAGUGGGAGCAGCCUGCCGCCCGGGCGGACGGAGCUGGUGCGGGCGCCGGGAGCCGCCUAGGACCGCGGCGCCGGAUAGAGAAGGGCGGGAACCCCGCUGGUGCCCGCCUGUCCCACGAACGGCAGGAAUGUGACCCCUCGAGCGCGCGCCGGAGCACCCCUCGCGUGGCUCCCAGGGCUCCGGUUGCUCGGGCCUGGACGGGUUUAGCUCCGGGUUUAGCUGGGAGCUGCUGGAUUGCUGUGCAUCCCCACUGGGGCACCCGGGCACGCCCAGCCUUGGCUCUGCCGAAGCCCUGUGCCGUAAUGUGGCUGGAGAGUACUCUUCAUGCUGCCGAGGCUUGUGACAUCUUCAGCUAAAUCCUCCAUCCUGGAGAAUAUGAAAGUGCUACUUGGGUUCAUUUGUCUCAUUGUGCCUCUGCUGUCGCUGGAGACCGAUAAAUGCACGGAGUAUCCAAAUGAGGUCAUUUCAUUUUCAUCCGUAAAUGAAAUUGACGUUCGCAGCUGUCCUCUUACUCCAAACGAAAUGCAUGGCAGCACCAUAAUCUGGUAUAAAAAUGACAGCAAGACCCCCAUAUCUGCGGACAAGGACUCCAGGAUUCAUCAGCAGAAUGAACAUCUUUGGUUUGUUCCCACCAAGAUGGAGGAUUCAGGCUAUUACUAUUGUAUAAUGAGAAACUCAACGUACUGCCUCAAAACUAAAAUAACCAUGAGUGUCUUAGAGAAUGACCCUGGCUUGUGCUAUAACACACAAGCCAGCUUCAUACAGCGGCUCCAUGUUGCAGGGGAUGGAAGUCUUGUGUGCCCUUAUCUGGAUUUUUUCAAAGAUGAAAAUAACGAGUUACCCAAAGUUCAGUGGUAUAAGAACUGCAAACCUCUGCCUCUUGACGAUGGAAGCUUCUUUGGAUUCAAGAAUAAACUGAUGGUGAGGAAUGUGGCUGAAGAGCACAGAGGGAACUAUACUUGCCGCACGUCCUACACAUACCAGGGGAAGCAAUAUCCCGUCACACGAGUAAUAACAUUUAUCACAAUAGACGACAGCAAGAGGGACAGACCUGUGAUUAUGAGCCCACGGAAUGAGACGAUGGAAGCUGACCCAGGAUCCAUGAUACAACUGAUCUGCAACGUCACGGGCCAGUUCACCGACCUUGUCUACUGGAAGUGGAAUGGGUCGGAAAUUGAAUGGGACGAUCCGAUCCUAGCCGAAGACUAUCAGUUUUUGGAACACCCUUCAGCCAAAAGGAAGUACACUCUCAUUACAACACUUAACGUUUCAGAGGUCAAAAGCCAGUUUUAUCGCUAUCCGUUCAUCUGCUUUGUUAAGAACAGUCAUGUUCUGGAGUCUGCACACGUACGGUUAGUAUACCCAGUUCCUGACUUCAAGAAUUACCUCAUUGGGGGCUUUGCCAUCUUCACAGCUACAGCUGUGUUCUGUGCUUGCAUCUACAAAGUCUUCAAGGUUGAUAUAGUGCUUUGGUACAGGGACUCCUGCUCUGAUUUUCUUCCCCCAAAAGCUUCAGAUGGAAAGACCUAUGAUGCCUAUGUUCUUUAUCCCAAGACCUACGGAGAGGGAUCCUUUGCAUACUUGGAUACUUUUGUGUUUAAACUGUUGCCGGAGGUCUUGGAGGGACAGUUUGGAUACAAACUGUUCAUUUGUGGAAGGGAUGACUACGCUGGGGAAGAUACCAUCGAGGUUACUAAUGAAAACGUAAAGAGAAGCAGAAGGCUGAUCAUCAUUUUAGUGAGAGAGAUGGGAAGCUUCAGCUGGCUGGGCCAAUCAUCUGAAGAGCAGAUAGCAAUAUACAAUGCUCUCAUCCGGGAAGGAAUUAAAAUCGUCCUGCUCGAGUUGGAGAAAAUCCAAGACUAUGAGAAAAUGCCGGAAUCUAUUCAAUUCAUUAAGCAGAAGCACGGGGCCAUUUGCUGGUCAGGAGACUUUAAAGAAAGACCGCAGUCUGCCAAGACCAGGUUCUGGAAAAACUUAAGAUACCAGAUGCCAGCCCAACGGCGAUCACCAUUGUCUAAACACCACUUACUAACCCUGGAUCCUGUGCUGGACACUAAGGAGAAACUGCAGGUGGAGACACACUUACCACUCGGCUAGUGUGGGAAAGGCGGGCGGGCCAAGAAUGUUGGAGUGCCUCCUGUUGUCAGAUGCUGCAGCUGGGCUCUGCCUCCCAGUAAAACAGUCAUGAAACAAACCAGUGCAGUCCCUUGUCCCAGGUCACCUGGAAUUGGCUUUGAAGAGAACAAGACUUGGUGACCAGGGCCAUCCUGAGCAGGGAGCUUGGGAAGCCCCAGAGUAACGGUUGCUCAGGGAUGUUACUCGGGAUGUUUGAGGAACAAUCGAGGCAGUGAACUGGGAGGAGGGAGCUUCAGGAAAUGGCCACAUGUGUGGGUGGUUUAAUUAGAUUCUGUGGAGUCUCACAGAGGGAUUAUGGUUGUCUGAGGACACUUUGGGGUCAUUGUCAAAAAAAGUGACUCCCCUAAGCCUCAGUGCAGGUGAAGUUUACUGAUACCCAUCAGUGGAAGGCAUUUCGUCCCUGAAUUUUCCAAAUAGCUCGGCUGUCAAACGUAGUUUUCAAAGACUAAAUUCUAUUGUGUAGAGCUUGAAAACCGCCUUUUCAGUGAGAAGGAUUCUCUGGGAUUCCCUUCCCUGCAGUCAGCUAAGCUUUCUGGAUUUUAAAUCAACUGUAAGAGGAAGCCACCCACCUACAGGUUCUUCUA